AUGAAGUAUGUAUUAAAGAAUUUCAAAUUAACAAAAUAAAUUAUUGAGUAAUUGAAUUAAUAGGAAACAAAUGAAUUAUACGAAUAUAUUUAGCAAUAAGGCAGUUUUAUUAAAGUAUCAUAAAAAUAUAAAAGUAGUAUUACUCUCAAUAGUACAAUAAUUUCAAUAAUAUGAAAACAAUCAAAUUCUACACUUGUUUCAUAAAUACUUAUUAAAUUAUGAAUUAAGAACAACAAAUUUAGAUAGUCGAUUUUUGUAAAGAUGAGCAUAUAUCGAUUUUGAUAAAGCAAUCUAUUAUUUUAUAGAAUCACCUGAGAAGUGGAUAAAACAUUAAGUUACUUUGCAGUUUUUACCCGAAGAUGUAGUUACAAAAUUGAAUAAAAAUCUUUUCACAUUCUAAGAUUUAUCAAAGAAUCAUAAAAUUUAAGAAAUGGAUAUUAGAGGUUAGAAUCUAUUAUAGAUGAUAAUAUUAUGGCAAAUCAAGAAAAGUUUUAUAAGGCUUUUAUAGUGAUGCUGAAGAUUAGAAAUCCUUGUUUUAAAUAGAAUCCAAACUUUAGCAAAAAUUUCAUUUAUUAGACAGUUAAUAUAGAUAUGAAAGAUUGGAAAGAAGAAAUCUAUAGGAUUGCUGAUUUCUUACCUAAAUUUUUUACAAAAAACAAUUGCUUGAAAUAUCUUAGUUACAAAAACAAAAGGAGCCAAUAGGAGAAUAAUAAGAUUUUUAAGGUUUAAGUUAAAUUUAUAUCAACAAUGGACCUGGGAAUUGUUUAUGGACUAUUAUUGAUGCAAAUUAUAUUGAUAAAUUAUUUCAAUUAAUGUAAGAUUAUAGAAAAAGAAGGUAAAUGGUAUGUUAAUUUUCUUAUUUCCUUUAAAAUUAAAUUCAUUUUAAAAAGUAAUUUAAAAAGAAGGCAAUAUACUUAUAAAUGGUUUUUUAAGCUAAAAAUAUUGAGAAAUCGAUUAAUAACAUUAUUUAACUUUUUAAUGAUGGAUGAUUUUUCGUUACAAUAAUUUAUAAAAGAUAAAUCAGAAAUGACUUUUUUUAAUUAUUGCAAUCAGAAAUUUGUUUCUAGAUAUCUAUCUCUAUACAUUAAAACUAUCUAUUAUAAAAUUAUUAAAGAUUUUUUUAAAUGUUUUGUAGAUGAAAAAUUCGAUGUUAAUUAUUGA